UAUCACUCAUGAUUCGUGUGCUUCGGCGUGAGGCCUCGCAACUGAUGGAAGAAUCUCACGAGGGAUGGAAAGCUGUAUCUACUGCUUCCACCGCAACUUGGUUUCCUUCUGCACCCUGCUGUACUCCAUCUCUGCUGCACUCCAUCUGGAUUGAUGACAAGCAAAUUCAUGGGCCGCCCACUAUGCCGCAGCUUCCUGCCGGUGCUCCAAGUUUUUCUGCGGCUCGAGGGAGGCAAUGAAAGUUAGGCUCCCCGCGAUGCCUGAGCUGUUGCUUUUCGGGUCGAACUGUGCUCUCUUUGUCCUCAGUAGUCGGAUCAGCCCACAUUCAGUCUACGGCACGCUCGAUCUACUGUAUGGCCUCAGUCUUGUGCAGAGGGUUGAGACACCCCAUCCCACACGUUUUCGGACGCAAAUACAUCAUCGGCCGUGACAUUGAAGAGCCUUGCUGCUGCCGCUGGCCUCCGUGGCCAUCAUUGGACAUGAAGCCUAUCUAGCAUGC